UAAGACACACGUUGCCUUUACUUGCUCCAUCUGCUGCUUCCAGUUCAAUUGAAUUCUGUCAAACCCUCACAGAAACACACAGCCAAGAUGGCGGAUACCGACGACUGGGACGCUGACAACUUCGAGUCGGACGUCGCGCCUAUCAAAAAGGCGGUAGUGCUAGACAAAUGGGAAGGCGAAGACGAGGAUGAAGAUGUAAAGGACAACUGGGAUGAUGAAGAGGAGGAGAAGAAGGUUGAGGCAAAGAAAGCAGAGGCCAAAAUCUCUGAAAAGAAAAAACUGUCUGAAAAGAUUAAGGAGAAAGAAAACCGGAUAAGGAAAAAGCAAGAGGAACUAAAAAAGAAAUUGGCUGAAGAUGAAGAACUUACACCUGAACAACAGCUAGCAGAGAAGUUAAGAGUCCAGAAGCUGCAGGAAGAAGCUGACUUGGAGCUGGCAAAAGAGGCUUUUGGCAUCUCAGUGAGUAGUAGCUCAAACAAUGUCGCUGGAAUUGAAGCCAUGUGCCCGUCUUCUAAAGAGGACUUCACAGAGUUUCAAAGGCUGCUGAAAGAGAAGAUAUUACAGUUUGAAAAAUCAGUUCAUUAUUCAAGCUUCUUGGAGUCAUUGUUUCGGGAGCUCUGUAUUUCAUUGGAAGUUGAAGACCUUAAGAAAAUCAGCUCUUCCCUGACAGUGCUACUUAAUGAAAAACAGAAACAAGAAAAAGCAAACAAAGGCAAAAAAAAGAAGAAAGGGGCUGUACUCGGUGGUGGUAUGAAAGCCAAGGGGAAAGAUGACCUUGCAGACUACGGAGGAUUUGAUGGUGGCUACACCCAAGACUAUGAGGACUUCAUGUGACAACGGCUAUAUCUCCACUGCCCUUUUACCCUCUAACCCUCAGAAAUGCAGCUGUACCUUCUCAUGCUGUCCAGUGCCAUCCUGGAAAAAACCUGAACAAUGUGUCGCCCCUUCAUUUUUGCUUCAAUGAUCCAAGGGACUAUACCGGGAGCAUCCAGUAGCAACAACACUUCUAUUAAUUCAUAGCUAAUGGAAUUGCCUUUUCUCUCAUUCAGAAUCCAAACUUCAUAAAGAUAUAAAACCAUCAACUUGGCUAGACCGGGCAGUGACCUGUAUUUGUCUCAUUAAUGCGUUGGUGAGUGCAUGUGCAGCACAUUUAAGGCCAUAUUCAUUAUAAAGAAAAGUCAAAAAUGUAUUGGCUGAUGACCCGGUUGAGAUCAGUCAACGUAGUUGGAAGGCCCAAGCAGUUGGCCAAGUCCAUGCUGAAAUGCAUUAUAUCAUGGUGGAGUUCUUUAUGUACAACACACCAUUUAUCAAUUGAGUUUCCCAACGUCAGUUCAGAAUACAUGACAUGGUUCAUGUGAUUGCCAGAGUAUUUCUUUGGGGUUUAGAAAAAGGAUGCUGAUUGUUAGUUGCAACUGCAGUCUGACAGAAACGAAUUAGGUCCUAUGCAAAUCAUUUCACCCAGAAUAUGUAAAUAUUAUAGGUGUUUUACUUUACCUGUCAAUGGGUUUAUUACAGAAAAGUAUAUAUCUAUAACAUAUUGCAUUGGUUGCCAAAUGCUGAAUGAGUCAUAUUUCAUUAUUAACCAUGGAAAGUAGUUCAUGCUCUGAAAAAGACACUACAUUUUGACUAGUACUUGGAGUGUUUACAAGAGGGUUAUCAUUUAAUAUAAAAGGGAAGUGUAAUGCAUUUUACGAUAAAUGUGACUUAAACCUUAUGGCCAUCUUCUGGAUACGUCUCUGCAAUAUCCUUAAAACGUUGAAGCAAGAGUGCUUUUAGGCCUUUUUGUGCAUGACAAACUCAUCAGUUGGAUUACUACUAAUACAGAAUAAAACUUGUGGUAAGGCAAGUAUUCACAUAGCUGGUCUCCUUAACAUUGCUUCUGCAGGCUUGUAUCAAGUAAGGAGCGGGCUUAUGGGCUGACCUUACAGUGUCUUCAGUGGGCUUAGUUGGAAGGGACAUGUUUUCUAACAUUUGAUAGUUUUCAAAUUGUUACGAAAAUUGGACAUGGACAAUAUACCGUAAAGGAUGACAGGAUCUUCAGUGUUUUAUAUGCAUCUAAUUUAAUAAAAUCACUGGUCAAAAGGA